AUGCAUCCCGGCCGAUUGGUCAGUUACGCUUCUGUUCAACAUGUUCUUGACAAAACCCAUUUCCCUCUUCUCUACCGGUUGGUCCCAAAAGAAGAACCCACCUACCUAGGGGUUGUCCAACUGCUCCUGCAUUUCAGAUGGACGUGGAUCGGUCUCUUUGCUCCAGACACCGAAAAUGGGAGAAGGUUCACGAGCACCUUGACACCUGCGCUCUUAACGUAUGGCAUUUGCGUUGCCUUCUCACAAACCAUCUUACGAUAUUUUCCUUCUAUGUAUGAAUGGUUAAUAGAGCAGAUCUAUGAGUCUUCCUUGCCCACCUUCAAAGUCAAUGUAUUUGUUUACUAUGGGGCAGCUCAGUCCUUAAUUGAUGUAAUUGGUCUGCAAGACAUGGUUGAUGAAGUAUUUUUCCCAACGUCUGGGAAAGUUUGGAUCACAAUAGCUUUGCAGUACACCUGCUUGAACUUGGCUUUAAAGUCCCGUAGUACCAACCUCCAUGGUUAUUUGUCAGUGCUUAUCGGGGAAAAGAAAGGAACAAAGAGUCAUAAAGUGCCACCUUCAUCGCUUCUUUCUUUUGGUCCAGACUCAACUGAGGCAUUUCAUUGUUUAUAUUCAAAACACGGAUUUUCGGUGAAGGGUCGUAAACGAUGCAGAGUGAAAGACAGUCUUCAAGGGUUGGCUCCAGACCUCCUUGAAAGCAGCCAGUCCCAAGACACCUACAGCAUUCGCAACACUGUGCAAGCCAUAGCACAGGCCUUAGAUGCUGCAUACUCCUCCAGAGCCAAGCAGAGGGUCUCGGUGGGUGGAAGCAGAUUGGAAGGAGAAAGCCUUCAGCCAUGGCAGUUGCAUCCUUUCCUGGGAAACUUCCAUUUUUACAAUACUAGCACGGCCGGCAUGUAUUUGGAUGAGGACGGCAACCUGGCCACUGACUUUGACAUCUUGAAUUCUGUGACACUACCCAACAAUUCCAUUCUUAUAGAGAAAAUUGGGAGUCUAAGCAGACAAAGGCCCUCAAACAUGAUGAUCACCAUUGACCGGGAUGACAUUGUAUGGCCUAGCUGGUUUAACAAGAGUGUGCCGCAUUCCAGAUGUACCAGUAGCUGCAGACCCGGCUACGUCAAGGUGAUUCGGGAAGGAGAGCCACUUUGCUGUUAUGACUGCGCUCCCUGCAUGGAAGGGACCAUCUCCACCGAGGAAGAUGCAGACAUUUGUACAGCAUGUCCAGAUGAUCAGCAUCCCAGCAUGGACCGAAAUGAAUGUGUCCCCAAGAUUAUAACCUUCCUGUCCUGUGAAGAAACUUUGGGGAUUAUCCUGGUUUCUUUUGCCCUAUUCUUAUCCAUAACUACAAGCUUUGUCUUAGGAAUUUUCAUUAAAUUCCUAGAGACCCCGAUAGUCAAAGCCAACAACCGGGACCUCUCCUAUGUCCUCCUCAUCACCCUCCUGCUUUCCUUCUUGUCCUCCUUCCUCUUCAUCGGCCGGCCAAAGAAAGCGACCUGCCUCCUCCGACAAACAGCCUUCAGCAUCAUCUUCUCAGUUGCCGUCUCUUCUGUGUUGGCAAAAACCAUUACUGUGGUACUGGCCUUCUUGGCCACAAAGCCAGGGAACAGGGUGAGGAAGUGGCUGGGGAAAAGUUUGGCCAACUCCAUUGUCAUCUACUGUUCCAGUGUCCAAGUUGUCAUCUGCACCACCUGGCUGGGAGUCUCUCCACCCUUUCCAGAUUCUGACAUGCACUCCCAGCCUGGACAGAUCAUCCUGCAAUGCAAUGAAGGGUCUGUCACCAUGUUCUAUGCUGCCCUUGGCUACAUGGGGUUCCUGGCUGCCAUCUGCUUCACAGUGGCUUUCCUAGCCAGGAAGCUGCCUGGGUCCUUCAACGAAGCCAAGCUGAUCACCUUCAGCAUGCUGGUCUUCUGCAGCGUCUGGGUGUCCUUUGUGCCCACCUACCUGAGCACCAAGGGGAAAUACAUGGUGGCCGUGCAGGUCUUCUCCAUCUUGGCCUCCAGUGCUGGGCUACUGAUCUGCAUCUUUCUUCCCAAAUGCUACAUUAUUGUACUGAGGCCUGAACUGAAUACAAGGGAACAUCUCAUGAUGAAAAUGAAAGAUGGCAUCUGA